UCAGGAUCUUUUCAGUUCGGUCAUUUGGUGGUCUAUUGUUCUUUCGUCGUCAUCAUCGUCGUGGUCAUGAUCUAUUCUUUUCUGGUCUGUGUGUGUCUGCUUUGUGUGUGGGAGACACUAUUCCAAGCCAAUGCAAUUGUGUCUGUUAUCGGCGAGGGGUUGCUGCUGCUGCAUCUUUUGUCGCUCUAUAUUAGAGACGUCAAAUUAUACGUAACAUUGAUGAAAAUUGAGAUGAUCAUUAUCAUGGGUUAUUACUGUGGAAUAAGCUGGGAAGGGAAGAGUGACCAACAAGAAAAACCGGUUUCAACCUGGCGCGGUAGCAUCUCCUGGUACAAGGAGUUUCCAACUAAUUCAUAUCCCAUUGCACACGGUCUUCUUCUUUCCGAUCGUUAA